CAUCAUUUUUUUCAUAUAGAUAUACAAAAUGACGGCAUCAGCCAUAGGUCGCUCCGUCCUGAAAUUCCGAUCAUCAUCGUUAACCAAAUCUUUUUCUCAAAUCCUCAAGCCAUCACCAAUAUUUCUCUUACAUUCUCUCCGACCGUUGUCCGACAACUCCAAAUCCUUAAAUGAUGAUUAUAAUUAUUGGCAUGUUCAUAUGGAGAGACAGAGACCUGGUGGUGUUUGUUUCAAUAAACAACAGAUGAUUGAUUUUUAUGUUCAAACCCUUGCUACGGUUUUAGGAAGUGAGGAAGAAGCAAAAAAGAAGAUUUAUAAAGUUAAUAUUGAUAGUUUUGGAUGUGAGAUUAAUAAAGAGACGUCAAAUAAGCUUGAAGGACUACCCGGUGUGACGUUAGUUGCACCUGAGAAAAAAGAUGACUAUGAAUCUGGAGCUGAGGCAUUUGUGAAUGGAGAAAUCGUUAGUUCACCUAAAAAGUGACGGAAGCUGUAGCCGAAUACACUCAGAGCAGAGGACGUACCCUUAGACAAUGACCCGGACUCAUGAUGCCUGACCCAUGAAAACAACAGUUAGACUGUCAAACAUUUCUAUAAAAGUUAUAUAUUUUCAAGAUUGUUGCGGUUUUGAAAGACUUUUUUUUUUUUUUUUUUUUUUUGUCAAAAUAAGCUUCUUAGUUCAAUAUAUUUUCUUGAAAUAAUAGUAAUUGCUCUGGCCCCUUGGUUGUAUUUCUUGCGUUUCAUCAUCAUAUACAUA